CAUUCACUCUGUCCCGAGUCCUGCCUGCCCCUCCCCUGUGACCAUGAUCCUGUCGGGACCCUCUCUGUAAUCUUGUCACCAAAGAUCCCAUAGUCACCGAUGUGGUAGGACAAGUAUAUUUCCAUUUCGCAAUUGAUUCAACUACAGGUAAGUCCAACAGCAAUUUUCUUAUUUUAGUGUCGUCUUCAUUCAAGCGUACACUCUCCCCUUUUAAAUAUAAACCAAUGGCGUCCCCUGCCCCUCCUUCUACCCCGAAAGCUGCAUCUGCGUCUGUAGCGACGCCCGAUGACUCUCAGACGCCCGGGAAGUGGCGUCAUCCUCAUUUGAACGAGGUCGUCCGUCGACAGAAUGCUGGUACAUUCGGAGAUCGCAAUAUCAAUAAGCUUGUGUGGAACACAGCCGCUUUGUUUGCGACGUGGGUGUUUGGAGACACCAUCAAGUCAUAUUUGCUUUGGCUUCAGAAAAUUGGCCCGGUCUCUACAUACCCCGAUCUUUCAUUGCUAGUCCUACAAGUCAUCUUUGCUCUGAAUAUCCUGGUUGCCUUGUACCCUCUUUUCCGCCCGAAAGACAAUUUCUCCGACAUUCCAUUGACCCCUACACAACGCUCGCUUUUGGGGCUGGAUCCCUCCGCCACACAGUCGUUUACUCCGGGCACGACGUACGUUACUCCGCCUAGGUACCGACUUUCUGCGUCUCGGAACGCCAGCCCAGCUAGCAGAUCCGGUUCCCCCUUGUCAGCAAGCGCUGGCGCUUCCGGACACAGGCUAUCGUCAGGACCUUCUUUCUCGCCCUCUCCGAGCCCGUUAUUGCACAAAGUGGUCACAAAUGGGAGCAAGGAAAGCGGGCGGAGGCCGAGCUUUGGAUCUUCGUCUCCGCUCGGGCGCAGCUCAUCCUUUUCGCCUUUCAAAGAAUCUUCUUUUAAGGAAUCUACGUUCAAAGACUCUACAUCCACAUUCAGGGAAUCGACCAUGUCGACAUUUUCCGGUAUGUCCAGCAUUGCGCCCGCGACUCCUUCACCGGUGGGUGGCAAGCGUGUGAGCCUGGGUUUGAGCAACAAGUGGCUGUAUGAGCGGAGCCGGCGCCUGUCAGCAAGCAAUGGUAGCCUUUGAUUUGGACCAGAUUAUUGGUCUUGUUUUUGGUCUCAGGGAAGAAUAAGAGACGAUUCAUGUAAACUCGUGUGUUUUCUAGCGGGGUGCUUCGGAAAUACCUUUUUAGGCCGUAUUUUGUUAUGAUGUUGCAUGUUGCAUGAUGUACUUUUAG